UCCGCGCGGAGCGCCAAAAGUUUAUGCUCAUAUGAUGCUUUCUCCUUCGAGAUGCUGGAGGCGCAUGUCCGACGAGAGCAUGUAGCACACAGGCCUCACGCCACAGAGCGCCCACCGCGGAGCUCCUACUGUGAGAUUCCCGAGAGCGCGCGCGCCGCCCGUGCUGACUGCCUGCCAGGCCACCCCAAACCCGACCCGAAGACCCGAAUAUUUGGCUGGUAAACCCAUGGCGAGUCCCCGAGGGCGGCGGCGGGUCGGGGCGCAGCUUCGGUGCAGAGGGCGUGCGCGGCGGCUGCGCCCGCGCCAGGCAGCGCGGGGCAGCGGCGCGCACAGGGGGCACGAGGAGGGGGCGAGGGAGGAGGGGGAGGAGGGGGAGGAGGGGGAGCCAGGAGGAAAUGGCACUGGCAAAGGGCAGCUGCCCGAGCAGCUGCAGCAGGGCUGGGAUAAACCCUGCCUGCAAUUUAUCACUGGCUGUCUGUAUUCCCACGACUGGUGUGCACCCGCUGUUGGAAAGGGAAUCACAAAAUUACAUUCAAAGCGAGCACCAUCAUCUUUCUUGUAUUUCUGAAAGUGCAUCCCAAAAAAAAACAAAAUUCUGGCACCGAACAUGUGUUUGCGCCUGUGCCGCUGCUGCUGUCCACGUGGCUCCCUUCUUUGGCGCUGCUCUCAGCCUUGCGCCUUCAGACAGCCCUCUCUGGCAAACGUUGCGCAGGCCCAGGAGAACUGGGCACCACAGGAGCACGACGCUCCUCGCAAAAACCGCACCGCUGCGCCAUCGUCCUGACGGACGUGCGCCUGCGCGCGAGCGGGGCAGGCGGAGGAAGGAUGA